CCACAGCGUAACAGGUAACCUAUCUCUGCCUGGGUCUGGGGAUCCUGGAGGGUGCUGAAGGGAAGGGACUGCUGAAGGGGCGUCCCUGGGCGCUGGAGGGGCAAAAGGGCGAUGGCAUCUCCAGAUCGAUCCGAUGACCCCUGCUCCUGCGACUGUUUUGUCUCCCUCCCCCCGGCCUCCGCCAUCCCUGCGGUCAUCUUUGCCAAGAACUCAGACCGGCCCCGGGAUGAGGUGCAGGAGGUGGUGUUGGUCCCUUCCGGAACCCAUGCCCCAGGGAGCCGGCUCCAGUGCACAUACAUCGAGGUGGAUCAAGUGGAGAGAACCCAUGCAGUGAUCCUGAGCCGGCCAGCCUGGCUGUGGGGGGCCGAGAUGGGUGCCAACGAACGUGGUGUCUGCAUUGGCAAUGAAGCCGUGUGGACACAGGAGCCGGUGGGUCAGGAAGAGGCCCUUCUCGGCAUGGACCUGCUCAGGCUAGGAUUGGAACGGGGCAGCUCAGCUCAGGAAGCCUUGAAGGUCAUCACCAACUUGCUGGAGCAAUAUGGGCAGGGGGGUAGCUGCCGAGAGGACCCCACCCCCUUCUGCUACCACAACACUUUUUUGCUGGCUGACCGGAAAGAGGCCUGGGUGUUGGAAACAGCUGGGAAGCUAUGGGCUGCACAGAGGAUCCAAGAGGGUGCCCGGAACAUCUCCAACCAACUGAGCAUUGGCACAGACAUCACCGCCGAACACCCGGAGCUGCGGGCCCAUGCCCAGAAACAGGGCUGGUGGGAUGGGCAAGCUACCUUUGACUUUGCCCACGUCUUCUCACUGGUUCAUCAACCUGUGCGCAUGGAGGCUGCCAAGGCCCGAUUCCGAGCUGGCCAGGAACUCCUGAAGCAGCAGCAAGGUGGCAUCACGGCUAUGACAAUGAUGGGCAUCCUUCGGAAUAAGGAGAGUGGUAUCUGUAUGGAUUCUGGAGGUUUCCGAACUACAGCCAGCAUGGUGUCUGUCCUGCCCCGGGACCCCACCCAGCCCUGUUUCCAUUUCCUCACUGCCACACCAGAUCCCUCCAGAUCAGUGUUCAAACCCUUUGUGUUUGGGGCUGGGGUGGCUCAGGCCCCCCAGGUGUUGUCCCCUACUUUUGGGGACAAAGAUCCUGUCCGGAUUCACCCACGCUUUCAGACCCAGGUGGAUCGCCGACACCCACUCUACCUUGAGCACCAAGCAGCCCUGGGACAGAUGGAGAGUGACCAGGAACGAGGACUGCAGCUCCAGAAGAAACAGCAGGAUCUGGAGCAGGAAGGACAGGAGGCUCUGAGAAAGCUACUAGCUGGGGAAAGCGCUCUGUCUCCCCAGCAGCUGGCCAGCCUCUUCCAGGCCUUUGUAGAAAAGGAGAGCCAAGCUUAUGGCCAACAACCAUAGCCACUCCAGCGGAACCUCUCCCUGUGGCCCACACUUCCUUGUUCUUCAGGUUGCAUUUUCUUCACUCACCCUGGACCUUGCCCUGAUCUAACAGUUCUGACUCAAUAAACUUGUUUUUCUUUCCCCUGUUC